GAUGGGAAUAUAUGUAUUUAUUAUUGAAAUAGUGCAGCUUGCAUCUUUAAAUGUACUGGAAUAACAAGUUGUUCAGCACUUCCCUUUUUCCAGAAAAUCAAAAGCAUGAGUUCUUCACAUGCAUACUGUAAGCUUAAGAAAUAUUAUAGAGUGUACUAUUAGGAAGUACAUUGCAGGGUUGAGUCAAAAUGUGAGAUCCAGUAAUACUGUAUAUUAAUCAUCUACAAAGCGCGUGACUAAAUCUUGCCAAUAUUUCUGGCGUUCCUUCAUAGCUUUAAAUACUCAAUCAAAAACUCUUAGGUAGAAAUAAAAAUCAAGCAUACAAAGCUUCCCAUAAUGGCAUCUUUGUAACUCAGAGAACCUCAUCAAAAUCUUAUGGUUGAGGUUUAGUGGAAAGGCAACAACUAUUGGGAACAGUUGCAGGCCAUUGAUGGAUUUCAACAUAAAUAGAAAAAGCCUUUAUACCUAUUGCUGGCUUGUUUCUGGCAAUCCAUAAUACUAUCACCCCAUCAAAACAAGCCCCCACACAGAUACAGAUAUAACAUUAUUUUUCUUUUGUGAUGAACACGGUAUAGAAUGAUCUGGUUCAUUACUAUGCUGGUCACUACAGGUAUGUUAAAAUCAACACCAUUAUGCUGGACACAUAAUAAGCAAAAUCCCAUAUUAAACACACAGCAGUAUAUCCUCAAUCCUCCUUCUGUCAACUGUCAUUAACUUUUUGCAAUCUUGGAAAUAGUGCUGUAGGUUAGGGGGUACUGGUUAGCUAAAAGUUUAUAAUUUCCACAAAGCAUCAUAAUAUGCAUUUAUGCUGUAGGUAUUCAAUAUAUUUCUGUAAGAACAUUUUUGUUUCGGACUCUACUAUGACCAUGUUCUCGUAUAGAUCAGCCCCUGACUUAUUAUGCAACACAGAACAGCUUUUUGAUUACAUUCCAAAUGUUUUGCAGUCUACGAUCCUUCCUGUAUUUGUGGAGAAAGUCUGUGCUCCCAGUCUGUACAUCAUUUGUGGUUUUAUUGUACAAGAUUAUCUAAUUAGGAGGACCCGCCCAGUAGUCAAACUGACAAUAUAAAAACCAAGGACCACUUGAGGAAAUUCAAUGAGCUGAGAAGGGAUUUCUUCUAAAGUUGUAGCUUUUUAGAAAUGGCCAUUUCACCUGGUUUAAUUGUUCUGCUAUUUUUCUGCAUCACAAUUCUACCAGACUUCUCAUCUGCUCAGGGGAGCUGCAGUGCACGAUGUGGAGAGGACUAUUACAGAGCCCAUGUAUGCCACUGUGACUACAACUGUCUGCUUCAUAAGGAAUGUUGCUCUGAUUAUGAGGGGCUUUGUACCACAGCAAACUCCUGUAAGGGACGCUGUGGAGAAGGCUUUCAGCGAGGUCGGAAGUGUGACUGUGAUGCUGGCUGCUCAGAAUUUAAUCAGUGCUGUCCUGAUUAUCAAAGCCACUGCUUAAAAGAAACACCAAAAACAACUGUUGCUAAGCCCACAACUGUGCACACCACAACAACAACAGCGAACACCCCUCAAGUGCAAGCAACAAAGAAAUCGGCAGUACACCAGUCUCCUUUAAUUCAGAAACCAGUUCCAUCCACUCAGUCAUCAGCUACCCUAGCUUCUUCCAGGUUUCAAGCCAUUGAAACAGCAACAAGUGAUUCCAACAGUGCGAAUGAAGAGAUUAUCCAAGAUCUGUCCGAAAGCCAGUUGAUCACCCUAUCUACUUUACCACCAGGUAACCAACCAACUUCCAGUUCUGCAGUGACCACAAUACAGCUAGAAAACCAGAAGUAUUCAGAAUUUCAAAGAGAUGAUGAGACAGUCAUACUUGAAGCCAUGCCUUACCAAGAACAAUUUCUCCCAACUUUUGCUCAUUCAUUUUCCACUGAGCCGCCCGCACCUUCAAGCGUAUAUUUCACCCUUCAAUCAACCACAGAAGCACCCACAAAGCCCGAAGAACAUGCAAACCCAACACAGCCCCUAGUCUUAGAAAGUGACACCACAAGACCUGCUGUCAUUGGGCAAACUACUACACCUUCUGCAUUAAAUGAUCAGGAACCUGAGACCCUGUCAGAAAGUGGGUUCGAACCUUGGAUGACAGAUGCACCUGCGACUGACACAGAUGGAGAUAUUCCUUCAGCAAGCCCAACCCAGACCCCUGCAAGUACCACCGCUGCACCUACAAACAAUCCAAGUGCCAUUUUAUUACCAGCGGUUACGACCACGAUGUCAAACCUGGAAGAUUCAACCUCACUUCCUCCAUAUUCCACUGAGUCAUCAACUCCUUUAAUUGCCUUUUCCACCCCCCACAUCACCACAAGGGCAACUGAAAAGCCUGGAGAACAGGCAAACCUGACAGAGCCCCAAGCUAACGGGGCUACUUCAUCAGCAAGCCCAGCAAAGAAGCCUACAGUCAUGAGUACCCCGACCAGUGAUGUUUUCUUAGCAGAUGACAACAAUGAUACUAAUCUCUGUAGUGGCCGACCAGUAAAUGGGAUAACGACUUUACUAAAUGGAACAAUGUAUGUGUUUCGAGGACAUUGGUUUUGGAUGCUCAGUUCCUAUGGGAUAGAGGCGGGAUAUCCUCGCAGGAUCACAGACGUUUGGGGCAUUCCCUCCCCCAUUGACUCGGUCUUCACACGCUGUAACUGCCAAGGAAAAACAUUCUUUUUCAAGGGCAAUAAUUACUGGAGAUUUGAAAAUGGUGGCAUGGAGCCUGGCUACCCCAAAUUAAUUAGCAAUGGCUUUGGAGGGAUUAAAGGAAGAAUAACUGCUGUUCUUUCGGUUUCUUCAACCAGGAGAAGACCAGAAUCUGUUUACUUUUUUAAACAAGGUGGUUUAGUCCAAAAAUAUUCCUAUACUCAAAAUCCACCACAAACCUGUAAAAAGAUGCAGACUCAGUACUCCAUCUACAGUAUUAGAAACCGGUUUGCACGUCACCUGAGCGAUAAAAGCAAAGAUACAGUUAAUCUUGGCCAGGAAGUCGAUAUAAAAUUACAGUGGCAAGGAUUUCCCACAUCAGUCACUUCAGCUAUAUCUGUACCCAAUGCAAAGCAGCCAGAUGGAUAUGACUAUUUUGUGUUUUCCAGGACUCAAUACUACAACAUUAACAUUCUUGCUGAUCAACCGACUAUAACCUCCCCUUCACCUUCUUCAGAAAGGCAACAGAGCACAGCAAAGGACUGGUUCAAGUGCCCAUAGC